AUGUCAUCCGGCUUUGUAUCUGGCGGCACCGCAGAUGCGCCUAUUGAGAGGAGCGACGAAUGGCUAGCUGCCCAGCAGGAAAUCGAGGCCAACCACCGACGAAAGGCGGAACAAGCUCGCCAGGCCGACGGCAAGAGUUUAUUUGAGACCUUGGAAGCAAACAAAGCUGCCAAACAAGACGCUUUCGACGAGGCACACAGGCUCAAGAACCAGUUCCGCGCCCUCGACGAGGAUGAGGCGGAAUUCCUAGAUUCCGUACUCGAGAGUACCAGGGCUGAAGAGGCACGGGUGAAGAAGGAGACCGCAGAGGGGCUUGCUCUAUUCAGGCAACAGCAAGAAGAAGCUGACAAAAAGGCGCGGAGAGGCAGCGAUGAUGCAGCAAAUGCGGACGACACGUCGCCUACUGUGGAAGAAGAGGUUUGGGUAGUGGGUGGACGAAAACGCAAACGUACGAAAGAGAAAGAAGUGUUCAAGGGCGUCAGGAUUCGGAGGGCAUCUACGGCCAAUGAAGACAAAAAGCGUACAGUCCCAUCCGUGAAGCCUUCGUCAAUCGAUCCUCCUUCAACGAAGAUUGACGCGGCAACACCAUCUAAAGCCGUCAAAAUCCCAGCUCCUGCUCAGACACAGCAGGCUAAAGCUACAACUAGCAUAGCAAAUUCUGCUCCAGCUACACAGCCUGGAGCUCAGAAGAAAGCCUCAGUGAGCCUGGUAAAUUACGGAUCCGAUGAAGAUGACGAUUGGUGA